GGCUCAGCAACGGCGGCAGCAGCGCAGCAGCUGCGCAUGGCGUACUAGGACAUGCCGGGCGCUAAGAAGGCUGCCGGCAAGGCGUACUCAAGCUGCGACCCAUUCAAGCUGGAACCCUGGAUCUCCGACCGCGUUGUGCUCCUCGUGGAGAACUCGCUGGCCGGCAGCAUCCACCGCAACUACGGUCUGCUGCUCCAGCACUAGCUCUACAUCGUCUGCAAGGUUGACCCACACCCACACGCUACCACAACAAUCUUGAGAGAGAGCUCAACGGCGGCAGUCAUGGAUCUGGUGACGGGAGCGAUGGGCAACCUCGCCCCCAAGCUGUACUAGCUGCUCCAAGGUGAAUACGAGCUGCAGAAGGGUGUGAGGAAGAAGCUCGAGUUCCUCGAUCAGGAGCUGGAGAGCAUCAAGCCUGCCCUUGACCAGGUGGCACAAGUGCCAUGGGAUCAACAUCACACGCAGGUCAAGGUCUGGGCGCGUCAGAUGAGGGAGGUGUCCUACGACGUAGAAGAUCUGCUCGACACCUUCCUUGUGCGUGUCCAGGGUUCUGAGCCCGCUGACCAGAGCAAGCUCAAAAGUGCCCUGAAGAAGAUGGGUGGCCUGUUCGGCAAAGCCAAGGCUCGCCGUGAGUUUUCUAGUGCCAUCGAAGACAUCAAGAAGCAACUCCAGGAGGUGGCUGACCGGCGCGACAGGUGCAAAAUCGACGAGAUUGUGGCCAAACCUGCUGACACUUCGGCAAUUGAUCCUCAUCUUGAGGCUAUGUACAAAGAGGUGACUCAGCUCAUUGGUAUUGAUAAGUCAAGAGGUGAGCUCCUAUCAAUGCUUUCGUCGCCCCAGGGGAAUGAGGUGUCCCAUGAGAAGAUGAAGAUAGUUUCUGUUGUCGGAGUUGGAGGAUUGGGCAAGACUACUCUUGCCAAAGCAGUGUAUGAUGAGCUUAAAUCGCAAUUUGAUUGUGGGGCUUUUGUUCCGGUUGGUCGAAAUCCUGACGUGAAGAAAGUCCUAAGAGACAUUCUUAUAGAUCUUGACAAGAAAGAAUUCAGGGAGCCGAAAUAUGAUAUAUUGGACGUAAGGCAGCUCAUCAACGAACUCAAAGAUUUCCUCCAAAGCAAGAGAUAUUUUAUUGUUAUCGACGAUGUAUGGGAGACAAGAUAUUGGAAGAAAAUAGAAUUGGCUUUGGUUGAGAAUGACAGAGGAAGUAUAGUAAUCAAAACUACACGUAAAUCAGAAGUUGCCACCGGUGUUAUUUACCAGCUACGACCACUCUCAGAUGAUGACUCCAAAAUGUUGUUAUUCACAAGGCUGUUUGAUGGUGGAGGUGAACGUCCUGCAAAUCUUCCUGCCGAAGCAUGUGAAAAGAUAAUGAGAAAAUGUGAUGGUGUACCAUUAGCUAUCAUCACAAUGGCUAGUAUGCUUGUGGGUAAAAAAACGGAAGACUGGCUUGCUGUGUGCGACUCUCCUGGUUUCUAUCGCGGUAAUGAUGGCCAGCAAGCACAUGAUACUGAGUGGAUAUUGUCUCUUAGCUACUAUGAUCUGCCUAUGCAUCUAAAGACUUGCUUAUUGUAUCUAAGUGUGUAUCCUGAAGACUAUUUCAUUCCGAAAGAUUUAUUGAUAUGGAAAUGGAUAGCUGAAGGUUUCGUGGAGACGAAAACAGGUACCAGCUUGUUUCAGCUGGGUGAGGAAUACUUCAAUCAGCUCGUAAAUAGAAGCAUGAUCCAGGCAGUCAGGGCAGAGGGCGGAACUGGGGAGAUAUAUGCGUGCCAAGUUCAUGACAUGGUGCUCGAUCUCAUCCGUGGCUUGUCAUACGAAGAAAACUUUGUGACUAUCUCAAAUGAUGACAAAGUCACGUCACCUUCAGGAAACAAGGUGCGCAGAUUAGCUCACCAGAACAGAGUGAUGAAGCAAUUAACCCAGCAGGAAGAUGACACGGGCAUGGCAAGAAUGAGGUCAUUGGUUGCCUGUAGGUGUGAUAUUGGAAGUUGGGUCUUGCAUCCAAGCUUCAAACUCAUGCGUGUGCUAGCUUUAGAGGACUGCUACUGUGGAAAAGGCUGGCAGGGUCUUAAGCACCUUGGAGAUCUACUUCAUUUGAGGUACCUUGGGCUACAAGGUACAAAUGGUAUUUAUGAGCUCCCAGAAGAAAUAGGAAAGCUCAAGUUUCUACAGACACUUGACUUGCUCGGUUCUGACAUACGGGUACUGCCUUUUGGCGUUUGCCAGUUAACGCAGCUGGUCUGCCUAUGCGCGCCGGAUACGAGCGCGCCGGAUGGGUUGCUGAAGAAGGUGACGUCAUUGGAGGAGCUGCGAAUAAGUAUCGACAACCUGAAUGACGAGUCCAAGCGGCAAUUUGUGAAGGCCCUCGGCAACCUGAGCGAACUCAGAGUGCUUCGCGUUUAUGGUUUGUUGAAAGGGACGGUGCAGUCGGAUCUAGCGCAGUCGCUAGGGAAUCUCCACAAGCUCCAGCAUCUAUUACUAUUGGGUUAUGAAGCCCCAUUGGCGGAGUGGGACAGGGUGGUGCUUUCGCAGCAUCUCCAAAGUUUGAUAGUAGAAAGUGUAGUGCUCCGUCGGCUGCCAUCAUGUAUUAACCCUGCACGUCUCCCCAGCCUAUGCUACUUGGACUUGUUUGUGGAAGAUAUAGACGAGGCCGGUCUGCGAGCCGUGGGCGGGUUGCCACAGCUCCGUCGGCUCGGACUGUCAACGCUUCGGCCGUCGAUGGCUUCUUCCACAGCAACUGUUGUUAUUGCCGGCGAUGGCUUCUUCCAGAAGUUGCGAAGUUGCAGUUUCAGGGGCUGUAUGGUGCAGUUUGUGGUCAACGAGGACUCGGCUUGUGUUUCAUUUAGCCUCUGGAAUGGAAAGCAGCAGGGUGCUCUGGCGGCCUUUGGUUCCAGCACAGAGGACGAGUCCUCCAGCAGAUCAGUCCCACCAACCGUGAUGCCAAAUCUCCAAGAGCUCGCUUUUCGUGUUCCCGUCAGGGCCCUAUACAAGGAUGGGAACGAUAGCUGCCACAGCCUGGGGUUGCACUGCCUCCCUUCGCUUCGCAGAGUCACAGUAUAUGUCGACUGUGAGGGUGUCUCUCCUGAUGACGUGGAGAAAGCAGAGGCUGAGCUGAGGAACGCAGCACAACUCCAUCCCAACAGCCUCAAGCUCGAUCUCCAUCGACGGAAUCAAGGUAAAAUGAUGCGACACUCAACGGAUCAAAUCGGCGAUCACUCAACGGAUCAAAUCGGCGAUCAGUCCAAGGGUGGUGAUGAUUUGUGUGAGGAGGAAGAGGAAGGUGAGGUCUCAUCUGCUGGCGAUGAGGUCAUUGCCAAGGAGUUAGGAGCCGAUCCCACCAGCGCUUGAAUCGGUUGGACGCAAGUCAUCCUUAUUUCCUUCCCGUUGCAUACAUGUCCAGCAUGGCUUGCUCAAUGGGAGGACUUAAUUUCACCACGUUGGAAUUGUGGCACUACGUGUGACCAGGCGCAAAUGGGGCCUUCCUAUCUAUCUUUGUGGGUCCAUGUACUUUCAUUGCUUCUUAGCUUAGAAAAAACAAAAAAAAUAGAAAACCAGAAAAAAAACAAAAAUGCAAAACCUAAAAACUACAAAAAUGCAUUAUUUCUAUAUUUCUUUUUUUGGGUUCAUUGCUUCUUAGCUUAGAAAAAAAAAACAGAAAACCAGAAAAAAAUGCAAAACCUAAAAACUACAAAAAAAUGCAUUAUUUCUAUAUUUCUUUUUUUUGGGUGGGUGGGUAGGGAACUCCGCCUAUGCAACUUGAAGUAACACUUAGUUUCGCAUAGCUGGUCCCAAGCCCAGAAAAAAGGAGGAGGGGCUACCCAUUCACAUUGCUGAGAUGUUGUAACACUUUAACUGUUUGGUCA